AUGUUAUCUUCCCUGGCACUUUCGGCAGUGCCAUUGCUGCUCGCUGGCUUGCAAGCCACAGCAGUGGGUGCCGUCCCGUCCAUUUCAGCUGUGGGGUCCAAGUUCUUCUACGAGAAUGGAACACAAUUCUAUAUCAAAGGAAUUGCUUAUCAACUUACCCCAAGUGACCCACUUGUUGAUACUGCCCAAUGUAAGCGUGAUAUCGCCCGGAUGUCGGAGCUGGGCACCAAUGCGAUCCGUGUGUACCACGUGGAUGCCCAUGCAGACCACAAGGGCUGUAUGUCCGCACUGGCCGAUGCAGGAAUUUACUUGUUCGUCGAUCUGGACACUUUCAACACUCAGAUUGAACAGACCGAGCCUCACUGGAACGAGACCCAGUUUGAUCGCUUCAAGGAAGUGCUCGAUGAGUUCCAAAAGUUUGACAAUACCGCCGGUGUCUUGGUCGGAAACGAGGUCCUUACCACGGCUGAUGGCUCGGCCGCUGCUCCUUACGUCCUUGCCGCUGCUCGCGACAUUAAGGAGUACCGGGACAAGAAGGGCUAUCGCGAGAUUCCCGUUGGUUACUCCGCAGCAGACAUUGCAGAUCUGAGACCCAUGUUGCAGAAUUACAUGGCCUGUUCCAAGAAGGCCUCCGAGCGCUUGGACUUCUAUUCCCUGAACGCCUAUGAGUGGUGCGGUUCAUCCGGCUAUGAGCAAUCUGGAUACAACAUCCUGCAAAAGAACGCCACGGAUUAUCCGAUCCCGAUCUUCUUUUCUGAGACUGGCUGCAACACUCCCGCACCCCGCACUUUCGAGGAUCAGGCUGCUAUCUUUUCUGAGCACAUGUCCGACACUUGGUCUGGAUCUAUUAUCUAUGAGUGGAUUGAGGAGACCAAUGAUUACGGUCUGAUUAGCUAUGGGCCUUCGGUCGCAGCCUCGACUGCGACCGCAAGCACCAUUGAAGACGGCUUCACGCGAAAGGGUACCCCAACACCCGUAUCGCCUGAUUUCAACAACCUCAAGUCCCAGUGGGCUACUUUGCACCCCACAGGUGUUGCCCUUUCUGCCUACCGCAAGAGCGUAUCCAACAUUGCGGCUAUUGAGUGCCCUGCUUCCACCUCUGGCGGCUGGGCGAUCGACCCAAGCUCGCCGCUUCCUACCUUGGGACAAACUUAUAAGAAAAACUCCGAUUCCACAUCGACGACUACAGGCAAGGAAAGCAAAGCUACUUCAACCGGAUCUCCCUCUGCAUCGGCAACAAAGGAGGGCGCUGCCCACGCUGUAGCCGUCGGCUCGCCAGCCACCGAGCGCCUGCUCGCUGGAUCGUUGGUGCUGUCUGGUUUGUUGGGCGUGGUUGCAGCCUGGCUGUGA